AUGUCAUAUAAAAAAGAGGUUGGCGAUGAUGAUGAUGAUGAUGAUGGAGGAAACGAUGACGAGGACGACGCAACAGUAGCGGCAGCGAGUGCUGCCGAAGAGGAAUUAUCGCGAAAAUUCAAAUAUGCAACACUGUGCGAAUAUCUGGAUCGCAUGCAGCGCAUUCGCUGGAACGACAAGUUCGGCAAGCAGAGGGUUCUCAAUGCACUGAUGGCAAAAUGGUCUGCAGAGGCCGGUUCCAAUGAGAGCACCCCAUCAGCAGCAGUAAGCUUCUAUCCUGUUCUUCGGAUCAUGGCAAAUUCUUUGGACGAACGCAAAUUCAACAUGAAAUCGGUUAGUUUUGAAGCAAAAAGUUUUUGGUAA